GCCCCUGCUGAAUGUCGAUUGGCUGUAGCGCUUACAGACGACACUCCCAUUGGCUGAGCUGAGUGUCUGUCUGGUUCGGCCUGUCGGGGAGGCUGGCGCGCGGCCGGAGGACAAGGAGAGAUGGUGCGGUUCAAGCACAGGUACCUGCUGUGUGAGAUCGUCUCCGAAGACCCCCGCUGCCGGCAGUGCAUCGACGAGCGGGCGGUGAGCGCUGCGGCGAAGGAUGCGGUGGCCCGGACCCACGGGGACUACGGGCUGGCCUGCUGCUCCAUCUCCUUCACAGGUCUCCGGCUGCCCCUGCUCCCGGACCCCCUUUCUCGGGGGACUGCGCGCACCCCAGAGACGGGGUCGGGGGUUGCCCAUCGAUCACUGGACGUAGAGCGCGGGGUGUUUGUUUCGGUGUCACAAGGGGUGGUGAAAUAUCUCAAUGCCUAUACAGGCAUAGUUCUCUUACGUUGCCGAAAGGACUUCUACAGGCUCCUGUGGUCAGCUCUUCCCUUUGUCACUUACUUAGAAAACAGAAACCAGCGUUAUUCCUGUUUCUUCAACACACUACAUGUUGGAGGGACAAUAAGAACAUGUCAGAAGUUCCUCAUUCAGUACAAUAGGAAACAGCUGCUGCUACUAUUGCACAACUGCACCAGUGAAGAGGAAAGACAGUCCAUCCAGAAGUCAGUGUUAAGCUGUUGCCUUAAGGAAGUGGAGGAGGAGCAGUCUCAAAGUGGGGAUGAAGAUGACUGUGCAGAGACAGACUGAACAUAAACCUAAAACUAGUGCAGUGCCUUCUGUGAGACAAUCGGAUAACUUCCAGUUAAAAGAUGUCCUGGGCUUUCUGCCCUGUGCUGAGCAGAUAAGGAUUAAGACAUCUCUUGCCCAACUUUUUUAAACAUUUGAUUUUUUGGAAAUAAAGGGUAAAAUAUG